GGAUGAGCACCGCGGCCCUGCGGUCCUUCGGCAGCUCCGGCACCCCGGUGCUGGCCGAGUGCCCUCGGAACGAUGACGAACGGGAGAGGCGGCAGCGCCGGCGCUCCAAAGCCACCGACCUCCACCUCAGCAGCACUGACUCGCCGCGGGGCCUCGCCUCACCCAGGCAGGCGCAGGCAGGCCCGCAGUGGAGCCACAGUCAGAUCGCGGAUCACUACAGCACCUGCAUCAAGCUCUCCACCGAGAACAAAAUCAACACGAAGAAUGUCUUCGGCUUACACCUGAUAGACUACAUGACAGAGAUCCUGAAACAGAAGGACUCUGAAAGGACCAACUUCAAGGUAGCAGCGGGCACGAUAGAUGCCAGUGGCAAGAUUUACUCCGUGCGUGUGGAUACGAUUCAUGUGGAUGUGUACAAAGUGCUUGGAGGCUUGAACAAGGACACAGCACCCAAAAACUCUGUAGACAGCCCAGGAGAAGAAGACAGUCAAGCUCCUGAGGUUGUCAAGAGAGUUCAGGCAAAGAAAAAGCACUCGUUCAAAACCAUCGAGACGAACCUGAGCAACAUCAACGUGUCGGAGGCUAGUCGCAGAUGUGAGAUUGAUCCCAUGUUCCAGAAAACAGCAGCAUCAUUCGAUGAGUGCAGCACAGCUGGAGUUUUCCUCACUGCGCUGCGUACCCAGGACUGCCACUGUGAGCUGCUCUUCGACUCGGAGAUCAUCCCUCUUCCUUCCUCAGAGACCCUCACACUGCCAAACACCAACCCUGUGAAAGUGAUGGAUUUAAAGCCCCUUCUAGCACAGUGCACUGAAAAACGCCCCAUCUGCUCUUCACUGGCUGGUUUCCAGUUUACAAAGUGGGAUGCUGAAUCCAACGAUGAGUCAGUGUCAGCCCUGUUGGAUAAAUUCAAGAAGAGUGACCAAGUGUUUGAUAUCAACGCAGAGGUAGACAGUGAUGUGGAAGACUGUGCUCCCAUCCUGCCAGGUGAUGACUUCAAUUCUGACUCCCCCAGGAACACACCAAUAGACAAGAUUGGGGAAUUCAGAGAAAACGUCAACUCCUUUGGAACAGUCUCCCAGAGGACCGGAACUGACACAGCCUCUUUUGGAACGGGAGACGUCGGGACCAUGUGCCAUUAUGUUUCCAUGAAACCAGGGGAAUAUUCCUACUUCAGUCCCCGGACUCUGUCGAUGUGGGCUGGCCCAGAGCACUGGCGCUUCAAACCUCGGCACAAGCUGGCUGAGUCUGAAAAAGCGACCAGGAAAAGGAAUGCAAAGAAAGCGUUUGAAAUAGACUUUGAUGAAGACAUUGACUUUGAGGUGCAUUUCCGUAAGACCAAGGCACCUGUAACUCUAGCCAAAUCCAUUCUGGAAAGCCAGAACGUGAAGAGCACCACGCUUCCCACAGACUUCCACUAUGACCCUAACACCAUUCUCCAGCUGUACCUCAAACCAGCUUUUAAGUUCUGCAGGAUGCCUCAGCCAGAAAGUUCCUUGGAUCAUGAAGAUGUCGUCGGCGAGUACGACUACAACAACCCCAAUGACACCUCCAACUUCUGCCCUGCAGUGCAGUGUGCUGACAGCGAUGAUGACAAUGACCCAGUUCAGUUCACGGGCCUGACAGGGGAGUUCAACCUUACUGCCCAUCCUGAGGUUCCAGAAGCUGAGCUCAACAGGCUUGUCGAUAUCACAACAUAUGGAGAGCUGAACCUCAUUGCUGAGCCCCAGAAGAUCAACAAGAUAGCAAUUCAGUAUGCAAAGACAGCCAAGAAAAUGGACAUGAAGACAUUGAAGAAGAGCAUGUGGAACCUCUUGACUGAUGGAAGGGGGAAAGAAACAGCAGCAGCAGAGAUGAAGGAUGCAGAGAAAGAGGAGGAUGCCUCAACAAUAGUAGAAGAGAAGGUCUUCAGCAGCAUCACAAAGGAUCUGUUUCACAGGCUGCCUUCCAGGAUGGCUAAAAACCUGUCUGUCCCCUUAGCCUUCGCCUGCCUCUUGCAUCUAGCAAAUGAGAAGAAUCUGAAGCUGGAGGGCACAGAGGACUUGUCUGAAGUCUUGGUGAAAAAAGACAACUGAGCCCUGUGUGCUCAGCUCCUCAGCUGGCUGGUGCUCUCUGGACUCUCAUCAGUGGUAGGCUUUUCUCCUCCAGCACUGUUGCUGUGAAACCUCACUGGUCUCUGCGCUCCCAGAAGAGUUUAAAUCAAGGAUGUCCUACCUAAACUUAGGACCCAUACAGAGCGAUGGUUGCAGCUCUGCCAUCUUCAAUCCAUCAGUUCUUUCCUGGGUCUGGGUAGUGAAGUUCCUCCAUCUCACUGUGAACCGAAAGGCUCCUCUGUGUCACUCAACGUACAUGGACCGUUACCAGGUCUCCACUUCCUCCUGUUCCUGUCCUGUUCAUCCCAGAAAACGAUUUACUUUUUAUACUGAGCUUAAAGGUAAUAAAUAAAUUGCUACAGACUUUGCA